CCUUUUGCCCUUGAGCAAAGUAUUUAAAAAAAAGGGGGUUUGGGGCAAAUUCAGAGGAUUACAUUUGAUUUAAAUCUUAAAUCAGAAAGAAGAUUCUGACUGUUGUACACAUGAGCAACUCUCCAGUCACCAAGCGAAGGGGGACCUGAGCAGACCACCGAGGAGAGGAGGACCAACACAGAGCGUUAACCUAACUGACAUGUCAACAACAGCCACCAUGGGCGAAAUGGCAAACAGCGCUGUGGAGUUUUACCCCAAAGGGACUCGAGGCGGGGGCGGAGGAGGAGGGAAGGCGGAUGGCAGCCACGCAGGAGGAGACUUUGUGGUGACGGUGAAGGAGCUGAGGGAGCUGAUGGAGCUCCGGGGGGCCGAUGCCCUACAGAAGGUCCAGGACAGCUACGGCGACUUAGAGGGACUCUGCCAGAGACUACAGUCCAGCACCACUGACGGCCUCACAGGCGAUCCAGCAGACCUGGAGCGUCGGCACCAAGCAUUCGGCCAAAACUUCAUUCCCCCAAAGAAGCCCAAGACCUUCCUGGAGCUGGUGUGGGAAGCUCUGCAGGACGUCACGCUCAUCAUCCUGGAGGCCGCCGCCAUCAUCUCUCUGGGCCUCUCCUUUUACCAGCCUCCUGGAUCAGAGAGCGAAUCGUGCGGGAACGUGUCGGCGGGAGCGGAGGAUGAGGGCGAGGCCGACGCGGGCUGGAUCGAGGGCGCCGCCAUCUUGCUGUCUGUCGUUUGUGUCGUCCUCGUCACGGCGUUCAAUGACUGGUCCAAAGAGAAGCAGUUCCGAGGCCUGCAGAGUCGGAUCGAGCAGGAGCAGAAGUUCACCGUCGUACGGAAAGGAAACGUGAUCCAGAUACCGGUGGCGGACAUGGUGGUGGGGGACAUGGCGCAAGUCAAAUACGGGGACCUGCUGCCAGCUGAUGGUAUCUUGGUCCAAGGCAACGAUCUGAAGAUAGAUGAGAGCUCGCUCACAGGAGAGUCCGACCACGUACGCAAAUCUGUGGAUAAGGACCCCAUGCUGCUGUCAGGUACCCAUGUGAUGGAGGGCUCUGGCAGGAUGCUGGUGACGGCUGUGGGGGUGAACUCCCAGACGGGCAUCAUCUUCACCCUGCUGGGUGCCGGAGACCCGGAAGAGGACGGCGGCGGCAAGGAGAAGAAAGAGGACAGUACUCAGUGUCCCAUCUCCACAGAGGCCAGUCACAACACAGUCACCAAUGGGAAACAGCCCGACGGAGCCGUGGAGAACAAUCAGAACAAAGCCAAGAAGAAAGACGGAGGAGUGGCCAUGGAGAUGCAGCCGUUGAAGAGUGCGGAGGGAGGCGAGGUGGAGGACCGAGAGAAGAAGAAGACCAACGUCCCGAAGAAAGAGAAGAGCGUGCUGCAGGGGAAGCUCACCAAACUUGCCGUUCAGAUCGGCAAAGCAGGUUUGGUGAUGUCCGCCAUCACCGUCAUCAUCCUGGUGCUGUACUUCGUCAUCAACACCUUCGUCGUUGAAGGUCGCACGUGGAUGACAGAGUGCACUCCGGUCUACAUCCAGUACUUUGUGAAGUUCUUCAUCAUUGGCGUGACGGUGCUGGUGGUCGCCGUCCCUGAGGGUCUUCCUCUGGCGGUCACCAUCUCUCUGGCGUACUCUGUCAAGAAAAUGAUGAAGGAUAACAACCUUGUACGGCACCUGGACGCCUGUGAGACGAUGGGCAACGCCACGGCCAUCUGCUCCGACAAGACCGGCACGCUCACCACCAACCGCAUGACGGUCGUGCAGACUUACAUCGGUGACGUGCACCACCGCGUGAUCCCGGACCCCGGGCAGAUCAACCCCCAGACACUGGAUCUGUUAGUCAACGCCAUCGCUAUCAACAGUGCCUACACCUCCAAGAUUUUACCGCCUGAUGUGGAGGGGGGCCUGGCUAAGCAGGUUGGGAACAAGACGGAGUGUGGCCUGCUGGGAUUUGUUCUGGACCUGCAGCAGGACUACGCUCCGGUCAGAGAGCAGAUCCCGGAGGAGAGGCUGUACAAGGUUUAUACCUUCAACUCAGUGCGUAAAUCCAUGAGUACAGUGAUCAAGCUUCCUGAUGGGUCCUUCCGCCUCUACAGCAAAGGAGCCUCUGAGAUUAUGCUGAAAAAGUGUAGCUACAUUCUAGACUCCAAUGGGGAGCCACGCACCUUCCGCCCUCGUGACAGAGAUGAGAUGGUCAAACAGGUGAUUGAGCCGAUGGCGUGCGAGGGCCUGAGGACCAUCUGCAUCGCGUACCGCGACCUUUCCAGCAGCCCCGAGCCGGACUGGGAGAACGAGGCUGAGAUCGUGACGGAGCUGACCUGCAUCACUGUGGUCGGGAUCGAGGAUCCCGUGCGGCCCGAGGUGCCCGAGGCCAUCCGUAAGUGUCAGCGCGCAGGCAUCACGGUGCGGAUGGUGACUGGUGAUAACAUUAACACAGCCCGGGCCAUCGCUGCUAAAUGUGGCAUCAUCCACCCCGGAGAUGACUUUAUUUGUCUAGAGGGCAAAGACUUCAACCGACGAAUCAGGAACGAGAAAGGAGAGAUCGAACAGGAGCGAAUUGACAAAAUCUGGCCCAAACUGCGCGUGCUGGCUCGAUCCUCCCCCACCGACAAACACACGCUGGUCAAAGGCAUCAUCGACAGCAGCAUUGUGGAGCAGAGGCAGGUCGUGGCUGUGACGGGCGACGGCACCAACGACGGACCGGCUCUGAAGAAGGCCGACGUGGGCUUCGCCAUGGGCAUCGCGGGGACGGACGUGGCUAAAGAGGCGUCCGACAUCAUCCUGACUGAUGACAACUUCAGCAGCAUCGUGAAGGCGGUGAUGUGGGGGCGAAAUGUCUACGAUAGCAUCUCCAAGUUCCUCCAGUUCCAGCUGACGGUCAAUGUCGUGGCUGUCAUCGUGGCCUUCACUGGGGCCUGCAUCACUCAGGACUCCCCGCUGAAGGCCGUGCAGAUGUUGUGGGUGAACCUGAUCAUGGACACGUUUGCUUCUCUGGCCCUCGCCACCGAGCCCCCCACCGAGGCCCUGUUGCUACGGAAACCCUACGGCCGCAACAACCCGCUCAUCUCGCUGACCAUGAUGAAGAACAUCCUGGGACAUGGGGUGUACCAGCUGGUCAUCAUCUUCACCCUGCUGUUCAUAGGUGAACGCAUGUUUAACAUCGACAGUGGUCGGAACGCCCCCCUGCACUCCCCUCCGUCCGAGCACUACACCAUCAUCUUCAACACCUUCGUCCUCAUGCAGCUCUUCAACGAGAUCAACGCCCGCAAGAUCCACGGGGAGAGGAACGUGUUUGACGGCAUCUUCGCCAACCCCAUCUUCUGCUCCAUCGUGCUGGGAACCUUCGCUGUGCAGAUCGUCAUCGUGCAGUGGGGAGGGAAGCCCUUCAGCUGCGCCCCUCUCAACGUGGAGCAGUGGCUGUGGUGUCUGUUUGUGGGGGUUGGAGAGCUGCUCUGGGGGCAGGUGAUCGCCACAGUGCCGACGGAGCGGCUGCCAUGUCUGAAGGAGGCGGGGCUUGGCCUGGAGCCCGGGGAGGAGGAAGGGGAGGAGCUGGCGGAGGACGAGGAGGAGAUCGACUGUGCCGAGAGAGAGCUGCGCCGGGGGCAGAUCCUCUGGUUCAGAGGCCUCAACCGUAUUCAGACCCAGAUGCGAGUGGUGAAGCAUUCCGUAGUUCGCUGGUACGAGGGCCGGGAGAAACCAGAAUCCCGCAACUCCAUCCACAACUUCAUGGGCCACCCAGAGUUCCUCAUCAACGACCUCAUACACAACAUCCCGCUGAUCGACGACACCGACGUUGACGACGAAUCGGAGAUCAGCAGGUACCAGCACCUGCACCCGGCCCUCCGCAAGCCGCCUCCACCCCCCCGCCCAGCCCCCGCCCGCACCCGCCCGACCCGCCCCUACCGCCAGCACAGCCUCCCGGUGACCCCGUGCAACAGGAACAACAACAACAGCAGCAGCAGCAGCAGCAUCCAACUCAACCGCCGCCCACGGCAACAAGAACGCCGCCGAAGCAGUCCCCCCCAACAACCGGAGCCCCCGGCAGCACGCCAGCACCAUCAGCACCACACCCAUCACGGCAGGGACAAGUUGGCAAAGCCCCCCGCCCCCCAACGCCACCUCUACUGCGUGGAGACGUCCUUAUAA